AUGCAGGAAAAAAGCAUAUCAAGAAAAAAUCAAAAAUCAACCACAACAACAAACUACAACUCAAGAACCACAGGCUACAUCGAAGUAAAAGCGCUGGAUACAGAGUCCAUAUUCCACGUCGUGGAGGACCUUCCAAUAGCACACGAUGGAAUACUAGGAACAGAAUUCUUCAAGAAUAGCGGAGCGAACAUUGACUAUGCCAAAUCUAUGCUCAUAGUCAACAAUUAUAUUAUACCAUUCCAAGAACCUUUAAUCACCAUACCAUCAAGAACUAGGACAACAAUACCUAUCAAAAUAGAAAAUACAGAAGAAACAACAGGGCUUUAUACCAAAAAUUGA